UUCCUUUGUGAUGUCAUUCCCAAAACACUUGACAACACCUUUUCUCCCAACAAAUCAAACAAAUUUCUUUCCGGUCAUCUUUGUGAAUAGUGCCAAGAGUGCCAAGAGUGCCAAGGUUCCUCUUGUAAAAAAGAGCGUGUGAUGUCAAAUAGUAGCGUAACAAAGGUGAAAGCCUGAAUGCUGUGGUGGACGUGUCAGGUUCAUGUUUCUGCUUCAUACAUUUAAUCAGCGUUUGACGACUAUAAAAAACAGACAUUGCAACAUGCUGAAACACAAGGACCUCCACGUCAGCCAUGGACACAGUUAUUCUUUUCCUGGCUUUGGCGUCUCUGGGCAGCGUCUCCUCUCAGCCAAUUGCAGACAGCCAGCGUCUCUUCUCCAUCGCUGUGAGCCGAGUGCAGCAUCUCCACCUGCUGGCCCAGAGACUCUUCUCAGACUUUGAGAGUUCUCUGCAGAUGGAGGAACAACGUCAACUCAAUAAAAUUUUCCUACAGGAUUUCUGCAACUCGGAUUACAUCAUCAGUCCCAUCGACAAGCAUGAAACCCAACGAAGCUCGGUAUUGAAGCUGCUGUCCAUCUCCUAUCGAUUGGUGGAAUCGUGGGAAUUUCCCAGCCGUUCCCUCUCUGGUGGUUCUGCGCCAAGAAACCAGAUAUCUUCAAAACUUUCAGAACUCAAGAUGGGAAUCCUCCUACUGAUCAGGGCCAAUCAGGAUGGAGCUGAGAUGUUAGCUGACAGCUCCACCCUCCAACUGGCGCCAUAUGGGAACUAUUACCAAAGUGUGGGAGAUGAUGAGUCAUUGAGACGAAUGUAUGAACUACUGGCGUGCUUCAAGAAGGACAUGCACAAGGUGGAGACUUACCUGACGGUGGCUAAAUGUCGACUCUCGCCAGAGGCCAACUGUACCCUUUAGCCUUCACUUCUCAAGUUAGCAUUAGCAUGUUGUUAGCACCAGUACUAGCCUACCCUGUAGCCUGCAUUUCUUAAGUUAUCAUUAGCAUGUUGUUAGCACCAGUACUAGCCUUUGCUCUUCAGUGUCACACAUGGACCAUUUUAUUUUUCUGAAGCCAGCAUGAUGAAAACUGUCAAGUUGUCAGCCAACCAAAUAAAAUUCUUU